AUGGCGAUGUUUUCGAGUCAAAUGUCUUCCACUCCCUUCUCAGUCCGGGAUAUUUUAAACCUGGAACAGAACCACGAAGACAUGGUCUCGUUGGAAAUGUCGAUCCCCACUUCGUCCUGCAUGAUGUUCAAACCGGAACCGUUCGUGGACGCGGUGAACGGAGCCGCGCUCUUCGCUCCUGGAGACGAGCAAGACGCUAAAGGUGACAGGAGCACAUCUCUGGACUUUAGUCCUGCCUUUUAUGGGAAGAGUUUCUUAGAAAUGGAUCUAGCCAAAGACGCAAAGUCGGACGACAUGCUUGACGCCAAAGAGAGAAAAGAGAAAGCGCGUUCACCGGAGGAGCGCCAGAAACCGGAUGAGGUGGAGCGGCCCGGGCAGCGGAAACGGCGAAAGCCGCGCGUGCUGUUCUCGCAGGCGCAGGUGUACGAGCUCGAGAGGCGCUUCAAGCAGCAGAAGUACCUGUCUGCGCCCGAGCGGGAUCACCUGGCGCACGUGCUCAAGCUGACGUCCACGCAGGUGAAGAUCUGGUUUCAGAACAGGCGCUACAAGUGCAAGCGGCAGCGCCAGGACCAGACGCUCGAGAUGGUGGGCGCGGGCCCACCGAGGCGCGUGUCCGUGCCCGUGCUCGUGCGCGACGGCAAGCGCUGUUUGGGAGACGCCGCGUCCGCGUACAGCGCGUCAUACAACGUGGGGAUCAACCACUUCCCUUAUAACGCCUACCACAGUUUCGGGAACGUGAACUUCCCGAGCGCCGGAAACACGAACUACACGUGCAACUACUCGGCGAGCGCAAACGUGCCUCCGGUGCAGACGUCACCGUCCAGUGGUAAUUAUGUGAAUUUUGGAGUCGGGGAUCUGAAUAACGUGCAGGCGCCGUUUCAGACCAACGGCGGCGUUUCCUCGUUACACGGCAUUCGGGCCUGGUGAAGCAGACUCUCACGGACAUGAUGCACAGGCGAUUGGUCUUGAGGCAACGCUGCCAGCGUGAACUGCACGAAUAUGGUUGAAACACACACAUUACUCUUACCGCUUCAGAAGAAAAAAAUGUACAUUAAUAUGAAUUAAGCUUUUGUGUUAUUCCUAUAAAAAAAAAUUUAGCAUAUACAUAAGCCCUAUAUUUUUAAAUGUAUUGUUUGUAUUGUCUGUAAUGGAUACACUUUUCGAUUGGAGUGUGUAGAGCUCUCGCCUUUUUUUUUUUGUCCAUAUCUUGUCUAUACACUCAGAAAAUUCAGUUAACACUUAAGGGUUCUCGGUUGUGCCUCUGCUGCAGAUUGGACACUCUCACAAAUAAAGGUACGAGACUGUACUUUCCCCUUGUAGCUGAGGUGGGUCCAUCAAGGAGACAUGUUUUGCACGUUAUAGGCUAUGUAUCUUUUUUCUUGCUGAAGUUGCAUGUGCUUUUAUUAGAGUAAAGCUUUAAAGGUCCAUUGGUGGUCCUUAAUGAUAAAACUUUAAAUUGUUUUUAAAGGUUUUCCAGGUGAAUGAUACAUGCUAACGGUACAAAACUGGUCCCCAUGAUGGUACAGUUUGGUGCCUGUAUUUCUGGGAGUGUAGAUCUCUAUAUCAGUGUUUAAGUGUUCUCCUACUGAACAAUUUGUUGGAAGCUAAGAACCCUUAAUUAUCCAAUGAACUCUUGAAAAACCACCCUCCUCCCAGUGAGUGUUUCCAAAAACAUGGUCCAUACUUGCUGUGUUAAAAAAAAAAUCAAAAUGACAAGUAAAAGCAAAUUUAAUCAAUACUAGUUUUUCUUUGUGGGAGAAAAAAAAAAACAAGAAAGAACAGAAGAGUGAAAAAAAAACAUUUUAUCCCUAUUAGUGUGUUGUCUAGAUAGUACAUGAUAGACUCAAUUUUCUCUGAAUUUCUUGACACUAGAAGACACAUCUAUGUCCAUGUUCCCUUUGGUGUAUUUUCAUAAUUAGUUUCAAUAUAUAGACAGCUGUAUUUUAUUGCAAUAGAUAUUUCACUGGAUGGACAUAGGACAUAUGUGGAGGUUUACAGGAGAAUGAUAUUAACACAUGGAUAACAAGAUGUAAUGUAUUUGGGGUUUUUUUUGGAAUGAACACAUAAACUAUGCAUAUAUAAUAAUUAAAAUAAAAAAGAGCAUUCUCUGUUUAAGGGCAUGUUGAGGAGACAGGGUAGGGAUGAAUAUAUUUAUUAAAUGAAGAAAGAAUACCUUUUGAUAUUUACUCAUUAAUGCUAUUGAGCUAUAGUACCAGGUUCAUAGGUGCUACAUUUCUACUAUAAAUAACGUUAAUGAACUAUUCCAAGGUAGACUGUGACUUAUUAGGAACAAUACCAUAAAGGAUUAAUCAAGCAUUUUAUGUUAUAUUGUUGCUGGUGAUGUUGCCUCAGAGAGCAGUGUUGUGCAUCACUGGAUCCUUUUCACACAUCACACUAGUGUCAUUUGUACUUUUGCUUAUUAUUAUUUUAUUUUAUUUUAGAAAUGUAAGAAAUGUAACUUAAUUCUUAGGAGUGGUUUGUUUAGAAAUGCAGCGUUUUUAACGAAUUCAGCUUCUGAAAGAUGGAAACUUACUGUUCAAGUCAAACGGAGUGAAAACACCAAACCCGGGCAUCCAGACACAUUUAACUGUGUGAGGUUCUGUUUGUUUGUUUGUUUGUUUUGUAUUUCAUCUAAUAUUUGUUUUGUUCUCAUAUGACGGGUGACCACUGAAAGCGGACCCACACUUGAAAAGUGAUAAGUACACAGUAUUUGUCGGUACAGUCGGCUGUCGGUACAAAUGUACACAUUUCUGUAGGCAUGAUCUGUAAUCCUGUAAUCGAAAAUAAACUCGACCGGAAAAACUAA